AUGGCAUUUCUCGGUAUUGGGUUACACAAUCAAAUUAACUGGAUCUCGUCUUUAAAAGGACUACGUAUCACGUUCGGCAGUGCAUCCAAUUCAUAUGCUAGUCCAACUGGUAUUGACAAUUUGCCAACAAUUGAUGCUAGUAACCUUUUCAAACACUAA